GACUCGAGUUAACAUUUUCCAGUGUGAAGGGCAAACGAGAAAAGUCAACAAAAGGAAAUAUGUAGUGGAAAUUUUUUGUGAAAAUAUUGUUUUAAAGUAAGAAAAUCGCAACCAAAACUGUUUUAAAAGAACAAGAAACGUGUUGUGUUAUUGAUGUAUAUUAAAAACUGACAAAUUAGCAAGAAACUAAGGAGAAAAAUGUUAUUAAAAUUAUUCUUGUCCGUCGUGCAAAGUGUAUUUGUGUAAUUCGUGUGAGGGGCUAUUAAUUUACAGUGAAUGUGUGUUGCGUUUGUUGCAGACGACGUUUUGAACCAACAAUCUGAGAGGACUAUUGUGAAUGAACAAUUUUCUCGUCACGUACACCAACAUCAGUGUUUUUUAUUUCGCAAAGAAUUGUAAAAACAAUGCAAAAAUAAAGCGUUUUUUGUCUCAAUAAAUUAAAAGAAAACACGAAUUCAAUGUUAAGUUUUAUUUGACAAUAGUUUAUUUGUAAAGUUUUGUUUAAUUGUGCUCUCCUAGUAUGUAAUAAUUGAAAAAAGUGAAUGUGAAAAGGAAGCAAAAACUUGUUCUACAAAGCUAAUGGAAAGAAGAAAAAAACAUUGCUAGCUUGGGAUUAAAUGUGUAAUUACAUGUAUUCCUUUUAAAAUACAAAAAAAAAAAACACAACAAAAGGAAACAGAAAUAAUUUCUACAAAAAAAAAAAACAACAACAAAAAUGUCAUCGAACACCUCGGAUAUACCGCGAAUAAUGGUCUUUCGGCCGUCAUGGGAAGAGUUCAAAGACUUUCCCAAAUACAUAGCCUACAUGGAAUCUCAGGGUGCACACAAAGCCGGUUUGGCCAAAGUGGUACCGCCACCCGAGUGGAUACCACGCAAACAGGGCUAUGAAGAUUUGGAUGCAUUGAAAAUCACAAUUCCCGCACCCAUAUGCCAAGUGGUGACCGGCAAACAGGGUCUCUAUCAACAGAUCAAUAUACAAAAGAAACCGCUGACUGUUAAACAAUUUCGUGACUUGGCCAACACUGAACGCUACUGUCCACCCAAACAUUUCGAUUAUGAAGAUUUGGAGCGAAAAUAUUGGAAAAAUAUCACAUAUGUAGCGCCCAUAUAUGGGGCGGAUGUUAGUGGGAGCAUAACAGAUCCCGAUCAAGAUAGUUGGAACAUAAAUCGUUUGGGCACCAUACUCGACUAUGUCAACGAAGACUAUGGCAUACAAAUUGAUGGUGUCAACACGGCCUAUCUGUACUUCGGCAUGUGGAAGACCACAUUUGCUUGGCACACCGAAGAUAUGGAUCUGUAUUCCAUAAAUUAUUUGCACUUUGGUGCCCCAAAAACCUGGUAUGCAGUGCCGCCAGAGUACGGCAGGAAAUUGGAAAAGGUGGCCAAUCAAUAUUUUCCGGCCAGCUAUAAAAAUUGUAAUGCCUAUUUAAGGCACAAAAUGACACUGAUAAGUCCACAGAUUUUAAAACAACACGAUGUGCCGGUUAAUAAGAUAACCCAAGAGAAGGGUGAAAUAAUGAUAACAUUUCCCUUUGGCUAUCAUGCUGGCUUUAAUCAUGGCUUCAAUUGUGCCGAGUCGACAAAUUUUGCCAUGGAACGUUGGAUUGAAUACGGCAAGCGGGCCGUACAAUGUACCUGCAGCAAUGACAUGGUGAAAAUUUCCAUGGAUACCUUUGUCAAACGUUUCCAGCCGGACCGUUAUCAAGCCUGGUUGGAGGGCACCGAUUACGGUCUACAUCCCGAAGAUCCACCCAAUGCCAUUGUGCCGGCACCUCCGCCCAGCCAAUUGGACAUAAUGUGCAAUAAAAACAAUGGGGGUGCCAGUGAUGAUGUUCCGUUACAUAUCCUACAAAGAAUGAAAAAACAAUGCAAUCCCACAAAACAGAAAUCGUUUAAAGAGCGUAAUCCGGAUUUAGAUCUCGAUGAGAUCCAGCAGAAUCCAAAUAUACCGGAUGACAUCAAGGCAGUGCUGAAGGAAAGCGUUCUGACCCUGGACGAUGAGGAGGAAGAGCCAGCAAUUGUGGGUGGCGAUGAAAGCGAACCGGCAGUCGACAUUAGUUUACAGAGUCCAGCCCAGUUUAAAACGAAAAAGGAGCUAUUAGCUUACAUAGAUGAUGAUGAGGAUAAUGAUGAAGAAGAACGCAACUUUCAAAAACGUAAAAAUAAACGCAAAACUGAUGCGGAAUACGACGAUGAUUGGCUGGCAUCGAAAAGGCGUACAGCCACCUCACGCAACAGCAAUAAAGGACGCAGCCCUCGUGGCAAAGAUAAAACAAAAGACGAUCGUUCCAUUUCACCGGCCUCAUCCACAUCAUCUUCAACCACGGCCACAAGUGUUAAGACAGCCGGUGGUCGCAGUCGAACGAAUUCCAAAACGGAAAAGACACCCAGCAAAUCACCACGCAAAACACCCGUGAAACGCAAACGUAAUGAGGACAAAUCAGGGGCAUCCUCAACGUCAACGAGCCCAAUUAAUUUCAGUGCAAUGUCGUCGUCGUCGUCUGGCUUCAAUGGUUCGGCGGCGAGCUGUAUAAAAAACGAAACAUCUUGUGGUAAUGGCAUUGUUGGAGCAGGCGGCGGAGGAGGAGGAGAACUCUUUCGAAACGUUAUUACAGAAAAAUCACAAACGACAAUAACAUCUAACGACCAUCCUUCAUUACAAUUUAUGCAACAGCAACGUAAAUUCGAAGGGAAAAUACCAAAACUCAGUCAACAACAGCAGCCGCAGCAGCCAUCACAGCAACAACAUCAGGUGACCCAACUAGCAGCAACAACACCAAUGACCGCUAUCGAGACAUCUGUCACAUCUACCACAUCCAUAAACAACAACAACAACAUCAUCAUUUAUAGCAGUAAUAAUUCGGCUGCUCCUCCUCCCUCUAUUAUUACUACUAAUAUUGAAUCCCUUAAACAGGAAACAAUAUUAACCAAUUCUAGUCAAAAAGAAGUUGGCAGUGAAAACAACAACAACAACAGCGCCGCAGCAUCAUCAGCUUCUUCUACCACAACAGAGGCCACAAUUGUCACCGCCACCAUGUUACCAGCUGUGACCACACUCAAUGGCAUUCCAUCCCAUCAUCAGCCCCAAUACAUCACCAUGCAGGCACCCACAGUGACUUUAAGUCCAACAACAACUCAUACCACAACUAGUCCCAUGUCGGUUACAACCACCAGUACAGAUGGCGCUGUCUAUCAAUAUAAAUCAGAAAUUAUAUGUGAUAGUCAAACGUAUCAGCAGCAGCAGCAACAACACACUACUACCUCUCACGAGGUAAAUCAACAAGACAAUGUGGUCACCACUAUUAGUUCAUCUCCACUGCUGCUCACAACAACUGCCCCAGCAACAACAACAACAUCAUCAGCAUCAACUGCGCCCACGGCCACGUCCAGUGCAUCACCGCAACAUCAUGCUGUCUCCAACUCGGCGAUAACAACAAACAUCAGUGAAUUGCCAGGCUCGGAGGCGCAUGCUCCACAAUAUCACUAUAUAACGACGACGACUGCUCCCGGCCCAGCAUCCAAUGGCAGCCAACAUCAUCAACAGCAGCAUCAUCCCUCUAGCACACCCACAACAACCAUUGUCUACGAACCGUAUGACGCUGAGGGCGGCAGCUCCUCGGAUAUGGGCGGAGCUGGAGGUAAUGGUGUGACGGGGGGCAGUACCAUUAUAAAAUUUGAGGGUAGUGAAUAUGAGGUGAUCAAAAGUGAAAUCAAUGAUAAUCAUCAUCAUAUUAUACAACAAAACAAUGGCCAGCAACAACAGCAGCAGCAACAUCAUCAACAACAGGAGGUGAUUAUAAAGUAUGAAGAUCAAAGUCUGGAUGAUGAUAGCUAUGAGGAGUUCCAAAGCAUUGCCUCGCCACAAAAGGAUCAACAAAACGGCGGUGGGGUUACCUAUCAGACCAUUACCCAUCAUGACAAGGAAAACAAUCAAAUUAUUACCGAAACCAUUGUCAUCCCGGCCCCGGGGAAUAAUAAUAAUAACAAUAACAACAACAAUAAUAAUAAUGCCAACAAUCCGGUGGUCCUAUCCACCAGCAAGCAGAAACGCAAACGCAAGACUCGCUCCGUUUGUGCCGAUGAACAGGGGGAAUAUUUGGAAAAAAUGUCUGUACGUGGCCUGGACAUCCAGCGCUAUGAACACAUCAUCGAUGGUGUCUCAUAUUGUUUGGUCUGUGCCAAAAAUGAUGUCUACAAAACGUUCAAGAAUAAAUACAGUUUCCAAAGGCAUGCCUACCUCUUCCACGAGGGUGAUAAUCGCAAGAUAUUUGCCUGUCCCAUAUGCAAUAAGGAGUUUUCGCGGCCGGAUAAAAUGAAAAUGCACAAAAAGGAUAAGCAUGGUGAUAUGCCUGUGCCGGAGACUCCCAAUGGCACACCGGUGAAAAAUAAUGCUGCCGAUACACCACCACCGGCCAAAAGGGCCAGAAAUAGUACGGGCAGGACACCGAGGGCCCGUAAACCGCGCAACAGUCUGGCCAAUACCAUUGAUAUGGCAGUGCCCAGUAAAGAUGAUGCUGUGAAGAAGCGAUUGGCUCAAAUCGAUAGUGUUUUGGAUGAGGUACAAAAUGCCGAUUCGAAUCACUCAAAUGGUGGCGGUGGUGGUGGCGGCGGCAUUCAUAUACAAGAGAACACCAUCAUACAGCCGGCAAGUCAACAGCAAACCAACGCUCAUCAGCCCCAGCAACAGCAAUCUCAGCAAUUACCUCCCCUGGAAUUUAGUGGCAUGAUUUUACCCGGUGGUGCCCAAUUGGCCUUGGCCAACCCAGGUGCCACCUCCAGCCUAAUGCAGCCGCAGGCACAAAGAGUUCUCGCCACACAACCUGCUCCUCAGACUCAUUCGCCGGGUACCACAACCCUUAUCUAUUCGAAUCAAAUCGAUUUGCAACAGGCCUUGCUGCAGCAACAACUGCAUGGUCAGAGUAUUAUGAUACAAGAUCAGGCAGGAAAUUUGGUGCCGCUGCAAUCCUUGCAGACACUGGAUGGUGGCCAGACAAUUUAUACCACAGCGCCGGCGCCAGCAGCUGCCCCAGCUCAGGCCACGGCUAGGCAACAAAUCAUACAAACCCAAGGGAAUCAGCAAACUCUACUAACCACCGCCCCACAUCCAGCAACGGCGGCGACGACACACAUUAAAGUGGAACCAGCCGGUGCCCAGAAUAACAACAACUCGAGCACGGCCAAUUCCAAUAGCAACACCACUAGUCACAGCAACACAUCGAGUCAGCAAUCAAACCAACCACAACAGCAACGCUAUGAACUGGAGAAUGUCACCUAUCUAUCAUCCGCAUCGGCUGCCACCCCAACAACAGUACCCGCCACAAUACCCGAGCAACAUGUCAUUGGUACGGUGCAAAGUUAUCAAAUUCUGACACCAGAUGGUCUGCAAAGCUAUCAGGCGGCAGCCACGAAAUUGGAACAUAAUGAAUUGGAAUUGAGUCCCUAUACCAUGGCCACGACAACGCCCCACUAUACGUUUAGCAGUCAUUUGACAUCCAGUGCUGAUCCCUCACUACACCCGCAACAUCAUCAAUCUGCCAACAGCAGCAACAACAACAGCAUACAUCAUCAAACACAUCAUGGCAACACAACACAGCAACAUCAUCACCACCACCAUCCUCAGCAGCAGCAGCAGCCGCAACACCUGCAACAUCAUCAAACGGCGGCGACACAUCACCACACCCUGCCCUCCUUAUCGGCACCGCCACACCAUCAUCAUCAAUUUAUGGAAUUGAAAAAUGAUUUGUUGAUAAAGAGCGCCGAUGCCUAUUCCCUGGAUGCGGCCACAUCAAUGUAUCAUCUGCCGUUCUCACCCACCUCCAUGAUCAAUGCGGUCAGUGAUGUGAAUUCCUCAUCGCUAUUGGAAACCAAAGAAAUUAGCACGAGCAGCAAUCAGCAGUCCCGAUCACUGGCAACGGCAAUAGGCAACGUCAUUACCACAAACCCGCUAAUGAUAAACAACAGCAACAACAUAAAAGUUAUCAAAACAAUAACAACAGCAGCGGCGGCGGCAUCGGGGGCAACAUCUCUCAAAAUAGGCCACAAAUCGCCGAUUAUAAUCAACAGCGGUAUGAAAAAGAUCUCAACGACACCUUCAUCAAUUGUCCACAGCAAUGGCAACAACCUACCUACCAGCAAUUCCCAACAGCCACCGGUGCAAAUUUUGUUGACACGCAAAAUUGGCAGCUGCAACGCAACUUCAGCAGCAACUCAACUCUUAACAGCAACGAAUCAGCUCAAUUCCCACAAUACUACUUCCCAAAUAACAACAUCGCAGCAACAACAAACAAUACAACAUCAACAAUUCAGCCAAUUGCCCCAGAAUACAAUCAUAACCUCAACUAAAACGGGAGGUGUUAUUCAAAGGCAUUCCACCUUGCCAGCAAGCUCAUCUUCCUCCACCACCUCCACGAUAAUUAUUAAAAGCCAAAAUGAUACGGAUGAUGAAACCUAUGAUACUAAUACCCCCUUAAAUCAAGGCAUACCCUUGUCUCAACUUAUAACCACAGAGGAAAUUAUCAAGAAAUUCCGCAUACCCAAGGGCAUUGCCUUGACACCCAAAUUUGCCCAUGAUUUGUCAAGUGCGGGUGGUGGCGGUGGUGGGGUGAAUGCCAAUGAAAUAGCCAUGGAAUCACAUAACUUAUCCCAACUACCCACCACCCUAAUCUCGCCACCCCUAACAUCCACCGAUGAGGGGGAUAAUUCCUCGGCCCUGGUGGAAUAUGUUGAGGAAAUCUAUGACGAUGUAGAGGCUGAGGGUACCGUCGAGGAAUUGGAAGAAAUUCAAGAAUUUCAAGAACAAGAAAUGCUUGAAGAAGAUCUCGAAGAAGAUCCUACAACGACAGGAGCUGUUAUCAGUGUGGUCCAUGCCCAAGAAGUCGAAGAAGAAGAAGAAGUAGAAGAUGGCGGCGAGCAAAUAAUGCAUGAAAUUGAAGAGCAUGAACUGAUUGAAGAAGUUGAAUCCACAGAUCAUCAGGACUUGCUAAUGUCCGGGGAGCCGGAUGAUUUUAUGGAAAAUCCACAAUCUACUAGUAGAAUUCUUCUGACAUCUUCCCCAGUACCGCAAUCUACAACAAUCUCAACAAACAAUCAAACGCCCACACAAAUAAUACAAGCUGUACAACCCAAUGGCACGGUGACUUGCUUUCAAUUGCCGGCGAAUACCAUACUGUUGCAAUCGCCUCAGGGAGCAUUGUUGGCCACCACAGCUCCACAUCCAACCAAGCCAGGUCAUCAACAAAUUGUGGCCAUACAGAGUUUAAGUAACCAACUAAAUGCUGUCUCCGUACAGCCACCACCCACACCGGCAACCACAACGGUUAUCCUAACAGCAGAUGGUACAGCCAUACCGCUGGUAAAUAACAACAGUCAGAACAAUAGUAGUAGUGGUAGUAGUAAUGGAGGAGCCAACUCUAAUGUCACUUCAAGUAACAGUCUAAAUCUUGCUCAAUCCUCCCCACAAACGGCUGGUAGUAACACCUCCAAUGAGACAACAGCAGCAUUGCUUAAGGCCCAACAACAACAGAUAUUGGCGUAGGGUUUACUAAAUGGCGGCGGCCAAUUUGCACGAUUUUUUACAAAUCCUCCCUCGACAAUAUUGCCGACAACUUAUUUCUUUUAAAAAUAGCAUUUUUGAUUUUUUAAGUAAAAUCAUUGAAUUCAUUAACGGUGGCCGUGCAUCUUUGCCGUGCUCUCCUUUUCUUUUCUCUCUCCAUUUCCUCUUUUUGGUCAACUUUUUAUUGAAAAUCCUCCAAAAACUGCUUUUAAAUAAAAUAUAAUUAAUGGGAAUUCAACAAAAAAAAUUCCUCUUGAUUAUAUUUUUCAAGGUUUUUUUUUUCAAUAAACAUUUCAUCAAAAAAGAAACAACCCAAACUAUUUCCUUUCUCUCUGCAAACCAAAGAAAAAAUCGUUCCAUUUGGCCGCCAAAAAAAAAUAAUCUUAAACCACACAGGGCUGUAUCACAACAUAAAAAAAAGAAAAACAAAGUUAUAUUGUACAAUAUCGAAAAAUAUCAGUUAAACUGAUACUAUUUUUAUUGUAAAAAAACCCAAAAAUUUAUAUAAACAAAAAAAACAUCCCUGCAAAAAGAAGUCUGAGCCUCCUCCACAAAACCACAAAAAAGUAAUACAAAAAUUGCUUGUCAGCAGCAAUUAACAUUAGAUCUAAUUUGUUGAUGAUGUAUUGCACUUGGAUGCUACAAAAUGUUGUAUUUGUUUUCAAAAAAAAAAAUGUUCUUUAAAAAGUGAGGUUAUGUUCAUUUAGUUAGUUUUGGAAAUGUCAAUUGUUGGCAAAAAUUGGUGUGAUUGUUAGUUCGAUUUUGGAAUAUGUCAUGCCAAGAGGAUAAAUGGAAUUCGAAAAUGUGAGGUUAGGAUAAAUUUAGGUUAUGAACAUAAAAGUGAGGUUAAAAACGUAUUAUUUCUUUUUUGGAAAUUCUUCAUCAUUUCGCAGACCUUUUUUACUAAAAUUCCUUGAAUAUGUCAUGUCAAGAGGACAAAUGGAAUUCCAAAAUGUGAGGUUAGAAUACAUUUAGAUUAUGAACAUAAAAGUGAGGUUAGAAAAGUUCUAUUUUUUUGGAAAUUCAAUCAACAAUAGUUUUUGAAAAGAUUAAAUGAUUUAAGAAGUUUAAAUUUUCCUAAAUUGAAAUAAUUAUUUUUUCUUUUAAAUAUUUUUAUUGUAAAAAAUACAAAAAUUUGGUUAUAACUCAAGAUUUAAAAAUUAUUAAAAAACUUUUUUCAAAAAAUAUAUUUUUUUUCAAAAUUCACUUUUUUUUAGAAUGAAUAGAAUUACUUUAUUUCCUGUGUAAAACAUAGAAAAAAUUAUUUUUUUUUAUUUAGUUCUUAAAAUGUGAAUAUUUUAAAGCCAAUUAAGUUUUCCAUGAAAUUCUUUGCAAAAGUUUGAGGUUUUUUGUUUCCUCCUUAACCUCACUUUUUUUCUUCUCAGAAAAAGAUCUCUGUAAGCCAUAGUUACAUUGAACUAAAUCUAUUUAGAUUUGAGGUAUGCAUCAAUCGGGCAUAAUUUUAUUUAAUUUAAAGGGAAAAAAUCCCAUAUUGUAUUCAAAUAUUCAAAAACUUCACUUUUUUAAAAAUAACAGAUUCUAACUAAAAUAGGGAUUUUUACUGAUGAUGACCUCAAAAUUGUAUAUUUUUCAUUUAUUAAAAUUUAAAUUCGUAUGAAUUCCUCUAUCCAUCUACUUCUGCACGAUUCGAAUACAAAACACAAAAUGUAGCCGACUGUGGUAAAAAUGCAAAAAAGUAAAUUAAAAAAUGUUGGUGUUAUUCCCCCCUUGCCCAAAAAAAUGUCUAGCGUGUUAUAAAACAAAAAAAAAAACAUAAGUUUUUUUCUUUGUAAACAAACAAUUGUUUCUAUUUUGUAAAACAAAAUGAUCUUCACAACUAAAACUAUAAGAAAAGUAAAACCCAACAGCGCCGUACGGGAACAAGCCGCCCACAAAAAGUUAGGAUUUUGAUUUUGCGGACUUGUUCCGUCAAAUCUUAUAGGCUGUAUAAAAACAAAAAUGCAUCUACAUUGAUGUUGUGUUUCUUUCAUUUUUGUAUCUGUAUAAAUAAUUUUUCAAAACAUUACAAAACAAUUUUUUAUAUAUAAUUUAUAUAAAAAUGAAAAUUAUGUUAUUUAAAAAAAGAUAAUUGUAUUUUUAGUUAGCCUCCAAAUUUAUGUAAGCAAAACAAACAAACCCCCUCCUUAAGCAUUCUAUUCACAUUACUACCUAGAAGAUAUUUUUUUAUUAUUAUUAACCAUUUAAAACUUAGUUAUAAAAUUUAGUUUUUAAUUUUUAAACAUUUAUGUUAGCAUUAAACCUCCCUCCCCCAAACAAAGCAAAACAAACAAACCACCCAUAUAUUUAAUAAUUAGAUAUAUUUCUUCUUCUUUUUCGUGUUUUAAUCAUUAAAAAAGAAAACAAACGUUAAAUUUAAGACAUAAUUAUGUUAUUAUUAUAUACAAAAAAUUACAACCAAAUUUUUAUGGCGCAGUUUUUUGUUUCUUUCUUUUUUUGUUUCAAUUUUCAUUUAUUGUAAUAUAUUAAACUUUUUUUGUUUUCUCCCUUUUUUAUUUAUUUUUAAAUGUUCCGCCCCUCCCUACUCUCUUUAUUGUCUCUUUAUUAUAAAUAAUAUUUACAUAUUUUAUUGCAAAUUACAUACGAAUAAAAAAAGAAAUAUUAAAAAUAAAAUACCUAUAACUACUUAUACUAUUUAACUAAGUUAUUGCAAACAAAAUAAAAAAAACAAGAACUAUUAUAACAAAGAAAACUAAUAUAUAAACUAAAAAUCAUUAUUAUUAUUACUACAUACAUACUUAUAGUAUAUAUCAUAUUUUACAUUAUGAUAUAAUUUUAUUAUUUUCGUUUGGAAGACAAAAAAAUAAUAUAACAAAAUAAGAGAAACCCCCCCUAAAACAAGAUUUACCACUUAAUUAUAAAAACAAAAAAAAAAUAAAACAAAAAUAAUUUCUAAUUCUAAGAGCAAAACAAACAAACCAAGCAACGUAUUUCAUAAAUGAAAUUAAAAAAUAAAGAAAAAAUUUAAAAAAAAGUAAAACAAAA